AUGGGCAAGGAGCUAUCGCCAGCCAAAGUUUUGCUGCUGGCAGCGCUCUUGGCAGCCCAAAGCGACAUUGGCAAGCUAGCUUUCCUUACGAUACAAAACGCCCACGUUUUGCGACCGGAGAUUAUACUUCGCGUUCUUCUUACAUAUCUCCCGGAGACAGCGGAGCCGCGCACUUACACUGAGUUUCUUCGUGACCUCUCCGCCGGACAAUUGCGAGCCCAAGCCGAAGUCGAACUAGAUACCUGCUCGGUCGACACCCUGAGCGACGAAGCUGCGAUAAAAAAGGCCACGAAACUCCGCCUCAUAUCGCUGCGCAAACAGAGUUACGACCUAGGAAACGGUACAGUCGAUGGUCUUCUCCACGAAUUCCUUUUCCAAAGAACGUACAGAAUCAACACCGAAGUGGGGGCUCUGUCGCAGCUGCCUGAACUCCUCCAACCAUUUCUCGACUAUUGUCCUCCUAUUAAAUGCUGGGCGGCAUCGACGGUAUUUCCAUUCGUGAGACGAAAUUGCCAAAACCACAUCAAUACUUCACCAAGAUAUACACUGUCCGAGUUCGAAAACCUGCCGGACCGGACUGCGGCGAUAUAUUUACUUUCCCAAUCUACCGAGGGUGAUGGAGAGGCCACUGGCCGAGACCUCCGAGAAUUGGUUGCACCAUGGCUUCAUAAUGAUAUGCGCUGGAAACAAGAAACCGCAUCAGAGGGCAGCAUGGAACUGACGUGUCCGGGAUGGGAACAAGUCCAGGAUACUAUGCUGUCAUGGGCAACAAAAUCGUGGGCUAGUGCGGUUGGUGCGCUCAAGCACUGGAACGGUCCACGCGACGUAUACUUUGGCGAGAAUAUUAUAAUGAGCCUUUCGGAGGACAGGACCCAAUAUCUCGAGAAGACAUAUGCUACCACGGCGGUUGCCUGUGUAUACAGCAUCCCCGAGUCAAGUGAAGAAGCCCUACGGAGCUCAUAUCAGGUGUGUCGCGCAACGCGCAAACGACUUGAUAAAACAGAGUCAUCGACAACCUUGGAGGAAAUAUUGUCGGACUUCUCACUCUUGCCAGUCUUUAAAACGACACUCAGCGGCGAUGCCAAGAUGGCCACCUGCAUGCGUCACGACUUACUCACAACAUCGAAUCCUCUCACCUCAGCCACACCGGAAUCCCUAGAUUUGAUUACGGCUCUCACAAUUAGCGCCUACAUUUCCACAUCCUUCGGCGUGCCAUGGUCUGUGCGGAAAGCAGGGGACCUACUAUUUAUCGGCGAUGAAAGAGAGCAAAGAAGCGAGCUCAGCAAGUUGCUUCGAGGGCUAGCCAGCCAAGCACCCCGGGACGAUGAUAGCUACUGGCAACGCUCAAGAGAUGCGAUUAUAUGGCUUUCGAAUUGGGGGUACGAUGCCGAAAUCACAGAACUGUCGCGACAUAGCUGUGGGCCCUUGGGUAUGGUCUCUAGGGAACAUAUUGAGACUGAAAUUCUGAAAACUCUACUAUCGAAGUCAAGAUAUUCAUUAUCAAGAGCGAUAUAUGGAGAUGCCAAAAACCCACCCCUGGCUCGAGACAAGCUUCAGGAUGCUGUCUACAAAUCUGCUCUAAACGCGUUUGACAAUGCAUCGAAUCCGAACAGAACUCGCGGUGGACUGAAGAAAUGUGAUGAGAUAAUUCAUUCUCUCCCAGCAAUGCUAGAGAAAUCAUCACCAUCCGUCAAACGAGUAGAGGCGCUUCUCAAAGCUAGCCAUGCGCUGAGCGACUACCGCCUUGUUCUCAAGCAAGGCGAACCUUUCAGCCCAGUUGUACUUCGGCCUACACACGCCUGCAGGAGUUUUUGGAAAUGGGGGCUAAUAUGGUACACGCUGGCCUGA